AUGGAAUCAUCGCCGCUGCUAGGCCAGGCUGACGCCGCCGAGGACAGCUUCCCCAGCAUCCUCGAGGGCAAGCGCAUCUUACUAGCCACCGAAUCCUGGGGUCCUGUCAAUGGAGUCAGUCGCACAACCCGCAGCCUGGUCGAGUACUUGCGCGCCCAUGGCGUCGACCUGGUACUCGUUGCACCCCGGUUCCAGGGCUCUAUCACGCUCCAAGAACAGCAGCACCCGCAGGACCGUCGUCUGCCCGGCUCGCCGCUACCUUAUAACCCCGACCUGACGGUCGUCUACCCCUUCCAUCUGCGCGAGGUCUACUCGCAACCCUCGGUACCUGACCUGAUCUACCUUGCCAGUCCCGCCUCGCUGGGUUUCCAGUUGCUGCUGCAUAUCCGGCAGCUGCGCUCUCCGCCACCGGUCGUGCUGAACUUCCAAACGGAUCUGUCUGCCUACUCGGAGAUCUUGCUGCCGGCCCCGUUAGACCGUUUCGGUGUCUGGCUGUUAGCGACAGUGCAGGGGUAUCUGUUUCGCACUGCAGCCGUGCGCACCAUCUUCUAUCCGUGCUCGGCCAUCGGCCGAUACCUCGAAAGUGCCGGCGCGCCUACCAAUCGAUUGGUCCAGCUGGGUCGCGGCGUUGACACCACCUUGUUCACGCCAGCGCAGUGCGAUAAGGACUAUCGGCGCGAGAUCGCGCCAAACGGGGAAAUCAUUCUCGUCUGCGUCUGCCGCAUCGCUCCGGAGAAAGGAUUUGAAUUCCUGGCGCAUGUUGCACAACGGCUGGCGGCAGCCAAGGUGCCUUUCAAGUUGUUGAUAGUGGGAGGCAACCGAAACCCAGCAGUGGAGAACAACGUCCAGCGAUUGUUCGACGUCGUGCGCAGCCAUGUUAUCUUCACGGGCUUCUUGACCGGGGUUGCGCUAGCCCGCGCCUAUGCCUCAUCCGAUGUCUUCUUGCACUGCUCGAUCACCGAGACGUUUGGCCUGGUCGUGCUGGAAGCCAUGGCCAGUGGGCUCCCGGUCAUCGCACGAGAUCAAGGCGGACCAUCUGAUAUCAUCCGUCACGGAAAGACUGGGUACCUGGUUCCCCCGAGUGACUUGGAUCAAUUUACUGCCUUGGUCCGAGAGGUCUCCCAGGAUGGUUCGCGACGGGAAGCGCUAGCUGUGGCGGCACGGCAGUAUGCUGACGAUACAACGUGGGAGAAGAUCAAUCGGCGGGCGGCCUGGCAGAUGGCCGCUGCUUUGAAGCAUCACGAUCCGGAGUCGGAGGGAUUGCGGUCAAAGAUGCCGCCGAGGAUUAUUGGCACGGCUAUUGAACAAGCGCGUCUGAUGUUCACCGUGGUAAUCGUCUACUUCUUUUGGCUGAUCGCCGUGGUGCCACUCAUUGUACAUGGCAAUCGAAUGGUGCCUCGGGCGUGGCAGGCGCUGUGCCUCCAGCUUCGCUGCUGUGCACGUAGAGCUCAUAAUUGA